UUCCAAAAAAUCAACAACCUUUACCUUGAUGAAGUCCUUCUGAAGCCACGCCCACUGUGUGUGCUGCUCUAUUUAAACACUGCCCAAACCCAGGAGCGUUAUUCUGAACGCUGAGCUAAUUCACAGAGAGCCCAGGUGUCAGUGUUCCUGACAAACAUGUCUCUGAUUAGCCUGCUCCUAGCACACACCGCCACGGUGUCACUGGCUUUAGUUUUAACUGCUUUUAUAUUUUUAUACUUUUACUCGAAAUCCUCCAAGUCGUCUAAUUACAACUUCCCCCCCGGCCCGCCGGCUCUACCUGUUAUUGGGAACCUGAACAUUUUGGACCUGCACCAGCCACACAAAACGCUGAGUAAGCUCUCGGAGACGUACGGCAAUGUGUUUACCUUCCACAUGGGUCCCAAGAAGUACCUGGUUUUGACAGGCUAUGAGGCGGUCAAUGAGGCUCUAGUAACCCAAGCAGACGACUUCUCGGAGAGAGGCCAGACGCACACUACAGAAAUAUUCUCUAAAGGCGGGAAUGGUGUUGCCUUCGGUAAGGGGGAAUCCUGGAAGGUGAUGCGUCGAUUCACCCUCUCCACUCUGCGGGCCUUAGGGAUGGGGAAGAUGACCACUGAGGACCGGAUCAUCGAGGAGUCCCAGAGACUGGUGGAGGUCUUCCAGUCCCACAAAGGCAAACCCUUUGACCCCCAAAUCAUCAUCAACUCUGCUGUCUCCAACAUCAUCUGCUCCAUCAUGUUCGGAGACCGCUUCGACUACAGCGAUGCACAGUUCCUGAAUAUGCAAAGAAUUCUGAAUGGGAACAUGAAGCUCAUUGUGAGCCCCAAGACACAGCUGUAUAACGUGUUUCCUUUCCUGGGCUUCUUCCUGUCUGAUCACAAGAAGAUUGAUACAAAUCAAACAAUACUGCAGGAGUACUUUAGAAAUGCAUAUAAGGAUUGUAAAGACAGUGUGGACAGCAAUGACCUGAGGAGCUUCAUCGACACGUUCAUCUCCAGGCAGAGAGAAGAGGAGGCCAGAAACUCCAACAAGUAUUUCCAUGAGGGUAACAUGGCCGCCACCGUGGGGAACCUGUUUGGUGCAGGGACUGAGCCCACCUCUACCACCCUGCGCUGGGGGCUGCUGCUCAUGAUGAAGUACCCCCACAUUCAGGACAAAGUCCAGGAGGAGAUUGAGAGUGUGAUUGGGAGGGAGCGCCCCCCGCAGGCCGAGGACAGGAAGCGCAUGCCCUACAUGGACGCCGUGCUGCACGAGAUCCAGAGAGUGGGCAACGUGGUGCCCAUGAACCUGCUGCAUGAGACCACAGGGGACACCACCUUUCGGGGGUACAGGAUACCCAAGGGUACCCCGGUGAUCCCACUGCUCUCCUCCGUGCUCUCUGAUAAGACACAGUGGGAGACCCCUCACCAGUUCAACCCCAACCACUUCCUGGACACGCAGGGCAAGUUUGUCAAGAGAGACGCCUUCAUGCCCUUCUCAGCAGGUCGGAGGCUGUGUAUUGGAGAGACCCUUGCCAAGAUGGAGCUCUUCCUCUUCUUCACCAUGCUCCUGCAGAAGUUUCACUUCCGCCCGCCCCAGGAGGUCAGCCGUGAGCAACUGGACCUCACACCCACCCCUGGCUUCACCUCCGGCCCCCAGCCCUUCCAACUGUGUGCUCUGAGCCACUGAGAGACCCUGUGAUACUGUGACCCUGCCUUACUGCAUCUGCUAGACCUUACUACAGCCACUCACCCCUCACACUGGACCCUUCAGCCACUGAACUGCCAGGAUUCUGUCACCACUGAGACCCUGUGAUACUGCGACCCUGACUUACUGUAGGGAUGUACCCCAGUUGAAUUACAGGAACUGCAGUUGGGUAAAGGUUUGCUUUAUAACAAAUGUUUUCAUCUUUCAUGAAAACAAUUGGCAGCUAGAAUAAUGACAAUGAUCUAUGAAAUUCAAUGGCAAAUUUUGGAGUUGUGUUAAGAAUAAAUUAAAGGGUAUUGUAGUUGUGAAUUGUCUCUGUCUCAUAUGUAAAUUAACAUUUUUUUUGAUAAAGACUUAAGUACGAUUUUGUAAUAUCUUAUGUAGAAAUAAUCUUGAUUUCAUUUUAAAUAUUUACUGACUCGCACACAGUUACCCUGCUUGCAUAUUCAUAUUAGUUAGUUCUUAUACAAAGACACAUUCUAGACACUUGAGGAAUGCUUGCUUUUACAUGUAAUUGAUAUUUACACUGACACUGAGAUAUUAUCUGAAUGUUAUUGCUGCUGAGAUUAUUAUACUGACUUGUGUUGUAUUGAUACUCAUUUUCUUUUCUGUUUUGUCUUUUCCUUUUUGCUGAAAUUCAUUAAAGAGAGAACGGUG